AUGUUUCGGAAUAAGCAUCAUCAUAAAGAGGGUUCAAAGAGCAGAGAAAGUAUUAGCAAGUCCGAAGAUGAUCCCUUUUCGAGCGACGAAGGCGAUCAGACGGAUAUCGUAGAUUCGACAGCCAUUCCAGUCGCUGCUGAUAAUGAUAAUAAGAGCACCUCCGGCUCCUCGAGUCAAGCUUCAGCUGAUUUUCAGCCAUUGACGUUCAAUGUUAAAAUAAGUCAAGAAGAAGCCAAUGCAAGAUCAGCUGCUCAACCAAUUCCGGAGACUUUACUGAAAGUGAAAGAGAAGCUUUCCAAAGGACCAGGACGAAACCAUGAUUCUACACUUCGGAAUUUCUUGGGAUCAAUUGACAGAGACCAAUUUGAGAGUUACUUGAAAGAGCCGCACUACAUUAAAGUUGAAAAGAAAGGUAAGCAUUUAAGGCAAUUUAGAAGGUUGUUUUUGGCUCAACAAAUGAAAUCUUAUGAGGAUGACGAUGAUAAUAAUGAAAAAAGUAGUAAAGGCAAGUCGAAUUCUUCGAGAAGAGAGCCUUCAUCAAGGGCGAUUUGGGUGACAAAGUUCAGCCUAGACGGAAAAUAUAUGGCCACGGGAAGUAAAGAUGGGAGUCUUUGUAUAUGGAAGGUUAUUGGAUCCCCUGCUGAAAGAUGGGAGCUUGAUUUUUCUCAGGAAUCGCAGAAGGCCUUUAAAAUGAAAUCGUUAAUGGUCAGACAACAAUUAUUAGGCGGAAGCCCAAAAGGCUCUUUGAGUGGUGAUUCUAAAAGUAACCUAACAAAUGAGAAACCAAACUCCAAAGUCAGCACGUCCAGUUUAUAUGCUCCUGUUUUUCAUCCGAAUCCAAUCAGAAGGUUCAACGAACAUACAUCUGACAUUUUGGACAUGGACUGGUCAAAAAAUAACUUCCUAGUCACAUCAUCUAUGGAUAAGUCUGUUCGCCUAUGGCAUCCUGAACGUUCUUCGUCCCUGACAGCUUUCUACCACCCAGAUUUCGUUACUUGCGUCCUUUUCCAUCCAUCUGAUGAUCGUUUUAUAAUAACCGGUUGCUUGGACCACAAGUGCAGGCUGUGGUCAAUCCUUGACAAUGAGGUGACAUUUGAAUUUGAUUGUCAAGACUUAGUCACUUCAAUCACGGUUUCCCCAGGAGACGGAGAGUACACGAUAGUCGGUACAUUCAACGGGUAUGUGAUAGUCCUCACAACUCGUGGCCUUGAGUUUGUAUCUUCAUUCCACGUCACGGAUAAGGACACACAGGUGGAGGAUAACCAAGAUUUACUUGGACCAGGGUCGAAAACGCAUCAUGGCCCACGUCUGACUUGCUUGCAAUGCUUCAAACCUACAAGUUACGGCUCACUUCGACUAGUAGUCACAUCUAAUGAUUGCAGAAUUCGAGUUUUUGAUUUGAAGACUAAAAAGUGUCUUGAAAUACUUAGAGGCUUCGAGAGCGGUGUCUCACAACAUCGGGCACAGUUGACGUAUUGGAAAAACCAACCUUUGGUAGUGUGUGGCAGUGACGACCAUUGGGUAUACUCAUGGAAACUUCAAUCCUCAGAUUCCCAUGAACCCAGUAAAGAGACCUCUAAACCUCAUAAGACUGGUGAAGGCUUAAGAAGAUUAAUUAGUAAUUCGUUACAUCACAACAGCGAGACUAAAAAUCGGCAUCAUAAUCCAGGUUCUUUGCAUCUAAGUGAUCUCUUGCCGCGCCCUCAUGGCAUUGCAUCGUCACAGCCCAUCAAAAAUACCCGCUCCAUCUCGUUUCAUGCACAUCAUGCUCCUGUUACCACGGCGAACUUGGCACCACCAGAGACAAGCAAGAGUUUGUCAAUGUCAAACGAUUUGAUCUGCGAUACUUCUCUCGAAUUUUACAAGGAAACGGAUACUUUGGAAGUUAUCGGCAGAAAGGAUGAUUAUUCUGACGCAGACCGUGAAUCUGUCUCAACCGAUACUGAGCCUUUGGGAUCCGCCAUAGGUAGCGAUUACGAAGCCAGAACUACCCCAGGUGUAGUAGAAGCUAUUGGAACGAUCAUGGUUACCACCGAUACGAAAGGUCUGAUUCGAGUUUUUAGAGCAGAUAUGCCAAGAAACAUACGAGAAAGAGUGCUAGAAAGGUUACGAGACGUUAAACACGCCAAGUUCAAUAGUUCAGAUUCGCUAAAUUCAUAUUCGCAGGCCAGUGUCGGCAGUCAGGGACCUAUUGGUCGAUUUAACACAGCAAGCCUGAUAUGUCCCGUAAAAUCCUGCAAUACACAGCAAGCGGAUGAAACGCCAGUGGGACGUCUAAGAGGUAGCUCCGUCUUCAAGAAUUCAUUGUUCAACUCCUCUAACGGCAGCCUGAACUCAGCCAAUACUUCAAGAGAUACUAAGAGAUCAGCCUCGAUGGGCAAGAACGGUCCCGCCGCAGGCCUCAGGUGCGAAGUGUGCAACGGCACAAAAUUUACUGCAUUGUCGAACUCCGCUGCCUCUGCAAGAGAAGCAGGCUACUAUUGUGCAGACUGUGGUACCAUGUUGAACAACUUCAGGUAA